GGGAGGAAAUGCACUGUUCGCCUCUCAUCAAACGAGCAGCUGGAGAAAAGUACCAUCCCGAAAGCUUUAAACAAAGAUGGGAAAUAUUGAAAAAGUUAGGAGAAGGGGGUUUUUCCAAAGUUACUAUCGGAAAGCGAAAGAGCGAAGAGGAUUCCGUGUAUUCCGGUUUUGGACCUACCAACGCUUCUCGUGAUGAAACGAUUUCUGAAGUUGCUAUUAAGUGUAUUUCAAAGGAAGACAUGAGAAACGGUUCGGAGAGUGAAGAAUUAGUUGCGCGCGAGAUACAGACUUUUGUGACUGUUGGAAAUGGUUAUCCCUAUGUCGCUCAGUUGUACGAAGUAUGUGAAGACGAAAAGUUUGUUUAUUUGAUAAUGGAACUACUAUCUGGAGGAGAACUUUUCGACCAAAUCGUGCAACGAGGCCACUUUUCCGAGAAAGACGCUAGUGCUAUCGCUUCGUGUAUGAUUUCUUCAGUUGCACAUUGUCACUCGAAACACGUCGUUCACCGAGAUCUCAAACGUGAGUUGAAGUUUUUCCCAAGUCAUUUUCUGACAACUAGUUUAGCUGAGAAUUUUGUUUUUGAAAGUCAUGCUUAUGACGCAAAAUUGAAAUUGAUUGACUUUGGUUUGGCAGCCAUUAUGGCCAGUCCUGCAUCAACAUUUCGAACCAUUUGUGGUUCUCCAUCCUAUGUUGCUCCAGAAAUACUUUAUCAGAAGCCUUAUACGUAUAAGGUGGAUAUUUGGAGUUUGGGAGUAAUUAUUUAUAUCUUAUUGGCAGGAUAUGCACCUUUUGAAGCGAAAGAUGAGAAAGAGCUUUUUCGUCGAAUAAAACACGACCCUGUUCGAAUGGAAGGAAAGGAAUGGGAUGCUAUAUCUUCUGAUGCGAAGCAUUUUGUAGCUUCGUUGUUGGAAAAGGAUCCACGAAAGAGACCUUCAUGUGAAGAAUGUCUACAGCAUCCUUGGAUAGAGAAAGGCCAGCAUAUUCUUGAAGAGCAGCAUCAUUUGGAACAUACAGUAAAGAAUUUAAGACAAUUCAAAGCAAGGCGUAAUUGGCAUGCAGCUGUUGCCGGAGUUACUGCAAUGAAUCGCAUGGCUCGCUUAGCCCAUCUUCAUCACCAUGUAUUACGUUCUGCUAGUGAGACUGAUCAGAGUGGCUCUCCUCCGUCAGAAGAGAAAACCAACAAUGAAGAGGAGAAGGAUGGAGACAAAUCAACGAGGCCACAAGAUGGUAAAGUUCAGGAUCCAGUCAAGGAAGGAUUAGAAACUUCAAAAGAGACUUUGACUUCAUCCUUAAAGACAAAGAAUGAACCUGCAGACAAAAAUGACACCAACACCAAACAUAUGCCAAGUGAAAGGGAACCUUUCUGUUCUUGUGUCAUUUCUUAAGGAGUACUUCAUAUUUAUUCCUU